AUGAAUAAUAAAGCAACCAGAUUCCAACUACAGCACAUCCUGAGCACCAAGGCCAGCACGGUAUCGCUGCUCGGGUUCAAAGUCGAGAAGAACGAGAAGCUAUCUAUAAGGUUCCACUGCCUAGAGGCACUGAUGAACGUCUGUUUCCUAGACCUCAAAAUGAUGACGGCAGCUGGCAUUCGCCUGGUGAUGUGCAUCGUCAUCACCGCCGUAGCCCGCCACCAGCGCACCAGCCUCGAGAUUAUCUACACAGGUGAAUUUAGCUGUCAUCAUUUUAAGGAGAACAUGCUUAAUCGCUUCGACCUGGACGCGCCCACAAAACUGAAAAAACCGCUACCUCCCCCAAAGACUGACCGACAGAAAAAGAUUGAUGAGUUGGACGAAGAGGCCAAGCGACUGGCCCAGGAACGUAUCGAGUAG